AUGGCUGAUAUAUGCAGUCAGCAUGAUUGUGCUUGGGAGGGGCACCUGUACAACCUACUGGGUUACAUCACCUACCACAUCAGCAAAUCCCCAGAGGAAGCACUGACGUACCUGCAAAAGGCUGAGGUGGCGCUCAAAGGACAUAACAUGGAGGGGAGAGGACCAUGCCUUCUGGUGAACCAGGCAAACCUUGCCUGGGUGCAUUACCUUUUGGGUGAGCAAGCAAAAAGCAAAGCUUAUCUGAAGGAAGUGGCUAGGCUCCAGGAGGAUUUUCCUGCCCCACCCGGUUGUGAUCUGCAUCCAGAGGUAUAUGGGGAGAAAGGCUGGACUCAGGUGAAGUUUGAGCGUGAUUUCAAGCAAAAAGCAAUAGAUAACUUUGAGCUGGCUUUAAGAGGAGACCCAGACAGGAAAGGGUGGCAUACAGGCCUUGCUCUCGCCAAGUAUAGAGUUAAUUUUGACGCAGGGGAUGAGGAGUUGAGAGAGGAAAUCAUACAGCAAAUCAAACAUGCCAAGACAAUGGAUCCAGAUAACCUACGCCUGGCAGCUGUCUACUUGGCAGCAUUGGCGCAGGUUGGCAGGAACACAGAGGACACUGUGAGAGAGGCUCAUGACCUAGUUCAGAGGCUAAGACCGUGGCUUCAUGGCCUUGCAGAAGUUCUUUAUUUCUUUCGUUUUCUGUCCCUGGAUUCAGCUGUGGAAGUUGCAGAAGAGAUGGUGAAGAAAUACCCCUCUGAAAGAGAAGCCAAAAAGAAGCUGGCAGUCUUUUAUAAAAUGAAGAUGUUUAAAUCACUGCAUAUGCAGGGUAAAGCAGAUUUCAGGGAGCUGAUGAGAUAAUGCAUCCACAUUUAUGAAGAGGUCACCAGUUUUUACCCAUUCUACACUACCAGGAAAAUUGUUCUUGCAGAUAUCUAUGCCCUUUCUGGGAACACAGAGAAAGCAGAUCAAAUAUAUAUGGAUCUUCUCGAAGAGGAAGAU